AAAAAAAAAAGUCCAGCACGAAGGUACAUUUUGAAGCCUCUAACGUGGCUGUGAAAUAGCGGACAGGAAGCCGCACAGUCGCUGCUCUUCAUCACAGCAGUUCGCUCAUGCACGGUCGCCAUUUUGGACCUCCAGCGCCUCAGAGAAAUUGUCCGGAAAAGAUUAUAUCUCAGAGAGGAAUGUGGGACCAGGGAGGUCAACCCUGGCCACAGUGGCCUCUUAGCCAGCAGCAAUGGAUGCAGUCUUUCCAGCACCAACAUGAUCCGGGUCAGGUGGACUGGGCUGCACUGGCGCAGGCAUGGAUAGCGCAGAAGGAAUCUACAGGAGCAGAUCCCAAAAUUGAGCCUAAUGGACAGGACAUGCCGGGUCUAGAACCACCUACACAGGGCAACCACGGCUCCUUCCAGGGUGAACCUGCUUUUGGCCGAAUGUGGCAGCCAGAAUGGGGAAUGCAUAGCCGGCCGCCAUCGCGGCCUCCUCCCCCUCCUCCACCACCCCCGGAACAAACCUGGAUCCCACCUGGUUCAGCGCCGAUGGAUGUGGUGAACCCCAGUGAAGAUAGCAACAGCCAGGACAGCGGAGAGUUCAACUCUGAAGCGCAUCGUGGGGUUUUCUCCCAGAACAGCCAUGGGUAUGGGGCACAGCCCGACAGCUACGACAUGGCCCCCAUGGCCAUAAACCAGUUUGAUUAUCAGCAUGGACUACAUGGAGCUGAUUCAUCCUUUGCCCCGCCGCCCUCCGGCUUUCAUUCACCCUACUGGCAGGGACCGCCUCAGAACAGACGGGAAGCCCGACCGCCAGGUUUUAGGGAAAGAACCAGAUCCCCCAUCCGGCUUCCCAUUAAACAAGAAGCGACAGCACCACUUGACGCGUUGAAAAGGCGCACACUUCCUGCAUGGAUACGAGAGGGACUAGAAAAGAGGGACAGGGAAAUGCAGAAGAAACUUGAGCAAGAGCGAAUGGAGAAGGAGCGUGCAGAAAUUUCAGAUGAUUACAAAGAGCACAAGGUUGAUGAUGGUGAAGGGCCACAUAUGCCGCGCAAAAGUAAAUUUGACAGUGAUGAUGAAGACAAUAUUUAUGAAGAAAAGUCUUCCGUAGAAAAAGAGUUUUAUGUCCGGAGUCCAUCGCCUACAGCAGAAGAAAGCGAGCCUGAAAUGACUGACGAAGAAAAAGAAUUCCAGCUGAUGAUCAUCACAAAAACUCUUCUCACAGAGAUCCUUUUGGAAGUGACCAAUGAAGAAAUCCUGCAUGUGGCAAAAGAAGUCCACCGCAAAGCAACGCGAGCUCCUGCAAAACAGCUGGCACAGUCAAGUGCACUGGCUUCUCUGACUGGUCUCAGCGGGUUGGGCGACUACGGUUCGGAGGAGAGUGCGGAUGAGGACGACCAUAGUGCCCGAGGGUCUGAAUCGUCUGACACAGAUGAGGAGGAGUUGCGCCAUCGUAUCCGGGAGAAACUGGAUGCCUUCCACCGCAAAGAGCGAGAAAUUCAACUGCACCAAGAAAAACUUGCACACGAAGCUCAGCUUGCACGUGAUGAGAUGUUGAGGGAACGAUUAAGCAGAGAAAGGGGUGAAUAUGAAGAGAUCCACUCAGAGAAUUCUCACAAAGAGGAAAUAAAAGAGAGGGAGGUGGAGCCCUUAGUAGAGAGACGUAGGUCCCGUGGUGAGUUGGAGAGUAGUGAGGGCAGAAAUUCAGGCAGAGGGAAAGAGAGAUCGAGCCGAGGUGGCAGCAAUUCCCCAGCCAACGGUCACAGCAGCAGCUCUCACUCUUCCUCCAGCCACAGCAGUAGUCGGUCAUCCUCUUCAUCCUCAACGUCAUCUUCUCGUAGUUCUACUCGAUCCUCUUCCCCCCGCAGGAAGAGGAGGCGUAGCCGCAGCCAUAGUUCUCAUAGACGUCGCAGUGAAAAGAUCCGGGACAGGAGGAGAAGCAGCACAGAGCAAAGAACCGGGAACCGUAAGAAAGACCGUAGCGAUUCCAGAGAACGAAGGAGUCGCCGUAGUAGGUCCAGAUCAAGAGAUCGAGACCGCGGCAGGGCUCGGGCGAGAGACAGCCGCAGUCGCAGCAGGGACAGGGGGAAGGAUAAGGAGAGGAAAAGAAGCAGGGAGCGCAGAGAGAGUAGCCAUAGCAGCAAACACAAACAGAAAGCUUCCAGCAAAGACCGAGAGAGGAAGCGAGAUCGAUGCCGUAGCCAUGAGAAAGACAGGAAAAGGAAGGAUAUGGAUAGGGAGAGAGAUUCUGAAAGAAGGCGAGACAAAGCAAGGACUAAAGAAAAAAGCAACUCUUUAGUUAAAGAGGAAAAUGGCAAGUCCAAGAAACAGAAAGAGGAGGACUCUCAUACAGACUCUCAGAGUGACAGGCAGUCUCGGCAUGAUGGCAAAUCCAGCAAAAAAGGCUCGGCCAAAACUUGCAAGAAACACUCAGACUCGGAUUCGAGUAGAUCCCCUUCCCCUGAAGUUAGUAAGGAAAAGAAAUAUAAGAAAUCCAAACGUAGUCGCUCAAGGUCAACGGAAAAAUCUCACAAGUCUGGUAAGAAGGCAAGCCGCAAACACAAGUCUAAGUCGCGAUCAAGGUCAACUUCCCCCUCUCAUCGUAGCAGACGCUGAGGCUGCUUUCCCAUCGCUAAAUUCCAAGAGUUUAAGUGGCUUGUCUCAUUAUAGAGGCAACUAUGUAGGUGAUCAUCCCCCUUACAUCUCUUUCCCCUUUGUAAAUAUGUUCUUUUUUUAAGUGUCUGAAGCUAACAGGACAUUAUGAAUGGUUUGCAAUCUUUAUGUAUGUUGAGUAGUGAUGAAUAAGCCUCGGUCAACACUAAGAACUGAAGUUGUAUGGUUUUAAAUCUUAACAGAAUUCACAGUCCCACAACAAACAUUAUUGUAAGCUGUCCAAUAAAAACUUCAACCCUG